AUGAACCAGACGCUUCAUGUUCGCUUGGACAGCGAGCCGAUCUCCAAACUACCCAGUAUCGAGCUUCGCCAGCGUCGGAUCGGCGAGCCCAUCGUUCUCCAGGAGGAUGAGCUUGUCGAUGGCGCCUCAACCUCGCCUGCAGGGCCCUGUCCGGCUGCCAAGCGACGGAAGGUGUGUCAGGCAUGCACCAACUGCCAGAAGGGCCAUAUGUCCUGCGACGAAAGCCGUCCGUGUCAACGAUGCAUCAAACGAGGGCUUGCCGCAACCUGCCAGAAUCCCCAAAAGAAACCAACCACCAAGGCCUGCCUUUCUUGCCCCGUCUUGAUCCGGCCCGCACCACCAAAGCCCGAGUCGUCCUUCGUUUUUCCGUCGCUGUCCUCGACCAAGCCAGCAUCUCGAUCGCUGUCCCGCGAGCUGCUAUCGCUGCCGCCCUCUCGAGCCAAUUCCAAAUCGCCAUCGGGAUCACCGGCUCUCUCAAGCCCGUCGCAACUGCAGCCGCAACCACAAAUCAAGAUUCCCACUGUCUCGAUCCAACGGCCGAUCGAAGUAUCGCGCAUAGCGUCGCCUCUGCCAUCCUCCUCGGCCCUUGCACAUGGGUUCGAUCAAGCGCCAUCUGUGCUUACAGACUCGGUCCUUUUGUCGAGUCUGAUGAGUCUGGCCGCAGCUGCCACCGCCCAGGAUCUGCCUGAGGCCGUUGCAACCUCGACACCAAGUUCCCCAAUGUCCGGCUCUUUGCCUCUGAGCGUCUUGCCUCAUGACUAUCAAUCUGGAUACAAUCGGGCCCGCAGCUAUAUGGCAACUCACAUUUCCGUCGCCGGACAAGAUAAAAUCAACAAAGUCAUUCUCACAUCGCAAGCAGUCUUCAGUCUCCUGGUCAAGAGCCCACCGAUUUCCGAGCUUAUCCAGGUCGAACGUCGGUUUCGCGAUUUGGUGCGCAAUUAUUGGCAGCAACAGCAACAGCAGCAACAUCAACAGCAGCAUCAGUCAAGAGAAUCUGCAAAGAUCGCCACUGCCGUGUGGCGCAGAACAGGGGAAAUCUAUGGAGCCAGUCAUUUGUUCCUGCAACUACUUCACCUGACCCCUGACCAAGUCGUCGAAGGUCGAACGGGUAUAUACGAGUUCAUGACUGAAGAUUCCCUGGUCUCCUACUGGGAAAGAUAUGGACAGCUAUCCUUUGGCAAAAGCAACGAAGUCAGAGUUGGUCCAUGCAUCUUGCGAAAUCGGAACUUGCCUGGCGCCGAGCUGCAUUACUCCAAUUUGUCGAUAGAAUUCCAUCACGACCACUGGGGCGUGCCGCUGAUGAUAAUCGGUACAUUUUUGAUCCUGGAUCUG